CGGUAGUGACGAUAACACCCACACAAGCUACACAACAAGAGGGCAAAAUCAAAGGUUACUUCAGUAUUUUCAGGAAUAUUUCUAUGUCUUUAGCUUUUCUCUGCCAAAAACUGUCGAUAGAUCGAUCCUUCACACUGGUCCGCAAAUUGAAAAUCGAAGAGCUUCUCCCCAAAAGAUAAGGGCACACACUGUAAUUAUCGAUGGGUUCAAUGGGCCAAAAGGUAAAAUGGAGCUGGAGCUCAGCCUUAAUCGGAGCAGCAUCAGCGGCAGCAGCAACUUCUCUCCUCAGCGCCAAGCCAAAGGAUCCAACUUUCCACCUCAUCUCCAUAGACCUAACCUCACUCAAACUCAACCUCCCUGUCCUUGACGCGGAACUAAUGCUCACCGUACACGUCACAAACCCUAACAUCGCAGCCAUCCAUUACUCCUCCACCACGAUGUCGAUUCUCUACGACGGCACGGUCCUUGGCACGGCGGAGGUCAAAGCUGGCUCGCAGCCGGCGAGAUCGUGCCAGCUUCUCAGGUUACCGGCGCGUCUCGACGGGAUGGAGCUUGCGCAACACGCGCGGAGGUUCUUUACCGACGUGGCGAAGAGGGAGAUGAAGCUUGAGGCCAAGCUUUGUAUCGAAGGAGCGGCGAAGGUUUUGUGGUGGGACCAUAGUUUUAGGGUGCACGUGGAUAGUUUUGUCACUGUUGAUCCGGUCUUCCUUGAUGUUAUUAAUCAAGAGAAUACAUCUCAGAUGGAUUUGUUUCUUGCUUAACUAAAUGUUAAUAUGUUAAAGUACUGAAGUUUAAUGAUCACUAGAUUUUGAGCUGCACGUUCUUACCGGUG